AUGUCUUCGAGUACUUCGGAGGUUGACCUCCUCAUCAUCGGGGCUGGUCCUGCGGGACUGAUGGCUGCCGCUUGGGCAAGCUCAUGCAAGCUCAAUGCCAGGAUCAUCGACGAAAAAGACGCAAGAGUCAGGACUGGUCAAGCGGAUGGUCUGCAUUGCAGGACUCUCGAGAUCAUGGACAGCUUCGGCAGUCCAAGCAUUGCUCAUGAGAUUCUAGGACAGGCUUGUGUGAUCAAGGAGAUCAGCUCAUGGGCAUGGUACGAAGAUUGUAUCGAAAGAUCAGAGUCAAUACGAUCGGGUGAGGAAGAUUUGCUUGGCAGUCGGUAUCCUCAAGUGAGUCUCUGUCAAGGCAGUGUCGAACAAGCCUUUCUCAAUUUCCUGGAACGAGAUGGCGACUCGAUACGGAUUGAACGAAACUUGACUCCAUUGAGGCUCCAUGUUGAUCAAGCACAAGUUGGAGACCACCAUGCGUAUCCUGUUGAAGUUCAUGUACAACAAUUGAGAGAUGAUGAGCUAGCCUCUCCUGACCAGAUAUCGGAUUCGAAGAUGACCGCCGUGGAGAUCGUUCGGGCAAAAUAUGUCCUGGGAACCGAUGGUGCGCACAGCUGGACGCGAAAGGCUCUAGGUCUGAGAAUGGAAGGCGACAGAACGAACAAGCACUUCGCAGUCAUGGAUCUUAUUCCGCUCUCAGACUUCCCAGAUAUCAGAAUCUCCUGUGUCAUUCACUCUUUAUCAGGCAGCAUCAUGACUCUGCCACGAGAAGGAGGUCUUGUGCGAUUCUACGUUCAGUUGGGAGAGUCCUCUAUUACAGGGCGCGACUUUGACCGCAGUACAGUGUCUGCCGACGACAUCAUCAAGAUAGCUCGGAAGAUCAUGCAUCCUUACACUCUGGACUAUGAUCACUGCGACUGGUUUUCUGUCUACACGGUCGGUCAAAGGCUUGCAGAAAUCUUCAGCCACCAUGACCGAGUCUUCCUAGCUGGUGAUGCCGUACAUACACACUCGCCGACCAUGGGUGCAGGUAUGAAUGUCUCCAUGCAGGACAGCUACAAUCUGGUCUGGAAGAUUGUCACCGCCAUCCGCACUGGAAAUAGAAGUAUCCUCGCGACCUACAACACUGAACGUCUCGCUGUUGCCAAAGAACUUAUGGUCAAGGACCGCGCCAUGUCUGAUUUCUACUGUGAUGGCCCAUCUGUGAACUCAAAAAGCUAUCAAAAAUUCCGAGAGGACUUUCGGGACUUUGUCAGCGGGGUUGCCGUACAGUACAGUCCGACUAUCUUGACGUCCCCUGUAGAGAAAGACCCCCCAGAACACAAGGAUAUACAGCAACCACACCGACAAAAAAUCAGUUCCAUGCCCUCACUUGCGACCAAUCUCGUGCUGGGUCAACGCAUUCCCUCUUACCUCGUUACCAAUCACUUCACAGCCGAAGUCGUUCACCUCCAUAGUGCUCUGAAAAGCACCGGACACUGGCGUAUCCUCCUCUUUCCUGGCACCUUCAGUGGUCGUUACGUAUUUGAGCGAUAUUGUGACCUGGGUCAACGUCUCGAAGCUCCCAACUCAUUCGUUCGCACCUGCACACCAAUUUCUGCUCCGAUUGACUCGAUUAUCGAAGUCUUGACAAUUCACACCGACGACAGAAAUGAUUUUGAUGCCUUGAGCUUACCAAACAUCUUUCAUCCUUGGCGUGCAGAUAAGGGACACCAGUAUUGGAGGAUUUUUGCUAAAGAUAAUGAUCAAGGAGAGGAUGUGUAUAAGGCUUUCGGCAUCUAUGAGAGGAUCGGGUGCGCGGUUGUUGUUCGUCCUGAUCAGCAUGUUGCUUAUAUUGGUGACUUGUGGGAUCUAGAGAGUCUCGGGAGAUUCUUUGAGAACAUUCUUGCGCUGAAGAAUGAUGAGAGAGAUAGGAAGGGUGUAAAUGUCUGA